UAAAACAACUUCUUCUGUUGCAAUGGCGUUUGCGGCAGCAGGGAAAUCGAGGGGAGAGCAGUGACAAACGUCGCCAACGGUCACAUUAUCUCCUCAGAGUCGCUCGGAUUUUUACAAUAUUCGGCUCGCUGUUUCAGAUAUUGGUUGUGUAAUUAUUCGCUUCGUGAAUGAGAUUGUGUUGGACGUUUCCGAAGCGCGUCUCUCCACUUUAAUGCGGUGGGAUGGCCACAGUGCCGCCUGGGCCUAGUAACGCACUGCCUUCAUCCCCGGUUGAAGUUGCUCCGUUCUCCGGGGCAGGGAGAGCGGAGCCGGCGGUGGAAGCCGGAGAGGCGACCUACCGCGUGGAGGACAGCGUGUCCGCCGGUACGGGUAAGAAGUCGCAGCCGGCGAACGAGGUCAAAGGGUCGGCCAAGAAGAAGCAUAAAAACAUGCUAGCCCGGGCUAGCCCGGCGGCGCUCCACUUGAAAAUGCAAGCCGGAGAGCAGCAGCAGCUAAACGGCUUGGUCAGCCCCGCGGAGGAGCCUGACGACCACCAGCGCGCAGGGGGCCGACCCGACAAUCUCAAACCGUCCGAGGACAACUGUGACAGCAGCUGUGGCAGCGAGGCUGCGGCCGCCAUGAACAGAACGGAGCACUGUCAGCACGUAGGCCGCAACCCCUUCUCCAAAAACGGCAACCACUCUCCUGUGACCAACAGCAGCGUGAACGGGAUGCCGGCUUUCACGAGAACCGAGGCGGCCCACGCAGUCGAGGACCAGUUUGACCACACGCAGCCCAGAAGAGAACCGGGUGACAGCGACGGGCCCGGUGGGGAGGAGAGUCCGGCCGAGCCGCAGCUGCAGCCGCCGGCCGUGGAGCUGGCCCGGCUGGACCUCAGCGGCUCUCCCGGUAGAGCAGAGGGAGACAGCCACGGCAUCCGCUAUGUCCGCUACGAGUCCGAGCUCCAGAUGCCGUGGAUCAUGAGACUAAUCACCAAGGACUUGUCUGAGCCUUAUUCAAUUUACACGUACAGGUACUUCAUCCAUAACUGGCCGCAGCUUUGCUUCCUGGCCAUGGUGGAGCAGGAGUGCGUCGGGGCCAUCGUUUGUAAGCUGGACAUGCAUAAGAAGAUGUUUCGUCGCGGCUACAUCGCCAUGCUGGCCGUGGACUCAAAACACAGAAGGAAAAGUAUUGGUACUAAUUUGGUGAAAAAGGCCAUCUAUGCCAUGGUGGAGGGGGACUGUGACGAGGUCGUCCUGGAGACGGAAAUCACCAAUAAGUCGGCCCUGAAGCUGUACGAGAACUUGGGUUUUGUCAGAGACAAGCGGCUGUUCAGAUACUACCUGAACGGGGUGGACGCGCUGCGGCUCAAACUGUGGCUCCGCUAGAGGGGGCGCGGGGCGGCGGGUCUCCAGGUGCUGCUCACCUCUAACACUAAGAGCUCAACAGCCUGAGCUCUGCCCUUGGUCAUUACACACACACACACAUACAUACACACAACAAACACCCCCCGUGUUAAAACGCGAGGAGUUAGCAUCGACACAGACACACCUUCCUUUCCUCCUCGACGUCCGAACAACUAUCGCUUAGGCGGAGAGAGACUGAAACGCCAACAGACGUGUUUUAUUUUUUACAAAGAGGGGUGGCCUCUUCUCCUCCUUCGCCCCCCAUUACCCCCCUGCACUGUGACAUGACAGGAUCCACGAGGACAAGCGGCAUCACACCAAAUAAUCCUGCAGAACACUGGACCAAACAGACCUGCAGGAAAUGACACGCAGGGAAGCAGGAAGCGGUGACCGGGAGGAAAAUAUUUGUGAAGUUUCUUUUUUUGUUUGUUUUGCUUUUUUUAAGCUUUUGUUUGGUUGGGGAGGGUUAAAGAUCUAGUCUGACUCGUGUGUUUGUACUGCCACAUGGUCUUCUUUUGGGUGUGUGUGUGUGUGUGAUUUUUGGUUGUAUGUGCUGCUGUUUGUUUCACUGAGAUUUAAGCGAACAUGUCCUGGGUGACUGCUUGGAUGCGUAAUGUAUGGUUCAGUUUGUUUCUCGUUCUGUCCACUGGGCGCAGCGCCCCCUUCUGCUGUCUCUCCCAUCACCCUGGACCAGAGCCUGUAAACACUUGUUUGUUUUAAUGUGAGAGAAAAACAAAGCUCCUUUUAUUUUAUUUUAUUUUUUUUUUUUGGUCCGGAGCAGUUGUUCAAUUCAAAUCAAUCCACAAUCACCUCAAACUUUUUGCCCAACUGCUUUUUUUUUUCACUUUUGAUGUCUUUCACGAUAUCCAACCCUUUCAGGGUUAUCUUGGGGAGUUUAAUUUCAGUUUUUUUUUGUUCUCUCUCUCUCUUCAGUACACUGCCAGCCUCUGCAAAAUGCCCCCAAAAGAGACUCUUUGCCAAGGAUGGUGUGGUCAUACAUGUCCAAGCUGUCUCUGUUUGCUAAUUAACAUGAGCAGUCCCAUUCUCAAGUGCCACUCUAUCCAUUAGGACCGACUGGAGUUAGAUCUGCACUUCUGUUCCCUAUGCUGGAUUCCUGUUUGAGUAUGCUGUGUGUAUUUAAACUGUUGAUAAAAAGAAGAAAAAUAGACAA